GAGUGGGUUUUGCUGACCACCCCUUGGCUCUCCAGCUCAUGGAUCAUCUUGUGGAUGGGGAUCACAGCAUCUCAAUUUGUCCGGUACUGCCGGUGGUGCACUGUUGAGGUGGCAAUUGGCACUCGUUGCUCUUCCACCUUCAGGAGUCCCACUGCAGAUGGGUUUUCUGACAGUCCAGGCAAUGUGUUCAACUGCUUAAUGCCCUGUACCACUACAGCAGCUGUUCCAAAAGCCCGCCUGAGUCCCUUUGGAUCUUUGUAAUAGCCAUUCCAGAGGAAAUCUAUGCCCAAGAUACACAGAGCCUCUGGGCUGGUCACAAUUGGAUGUUUCUGCCACCCCUUCCCAGUCAGGCUCACCUCAGCUUCCAACAGAGUCAGUUGCUGUGAUCCCCUCUGUCACCCCAGCAAUGGAAACAAGUUCUGCCCCCACAUGUCCUGAUGGUAUCAGGGUACACUGUGCACCAGCAUCAACUAACGCCCUAUAUUUCUGUGGCUCUGAUGUGGCAGGGCAUUGGAUCCACACUGUACAAAAGACCCGAUUUUCCCGUGCCUCUCCCUGGUUAGCGGCAGGGCCCCUCUAGCCCUGGUUAUUAUUUCCUUCCUGGGCAUAUGUACUAGAGGUUCCUUCAAGUGGGUCUGACAGAUUAUCCUCCCUUCUUUAAUACCCUCCACCUUGAUUAUGGGAGGCUGAGGCUACCUUCACUUUAGCAGAACUCCCUUGGGUAGUGUUUCCCUCCCUGAGUUGACACACCCAUGCUGCCAGGACAGAAGUGGGUUUCCCAUCCCAUUUUCCCAUGUCUUCCCCAUGGUCACACAGAAAAAAACACAGGUCAGCUCGUGAGCUGUAUCCUCUCUCCCUAGCUGGGGGACAUGGGGCCCUGACUCUGGGGCCUGACUUGCACAGGUGCCAUAUGGGAACUGCUCCUCCUCACCUCCUCCCUCAUCUCCCUUAUCUCCUCUUAAAGGCUCCUAAUUACAGCAGACACAUGAGCCUGCAUUGGGCCAUUGAUCAUACUUUCCUAGCUCCUAAGCUUGUUGGUGAUACAACCCACUGUCUCUUGGUAGUUAUCAGCAUUAAUCAUGGCAAUGAAGGUGGUGUAUUGAGAUGUAUUGUCAUGCUGUCCAUCCCUCCCAAGGAGUACCUCCAAUACUGCCACUUCUCCCAGCUUUUGGAUCCCUUCCUCAAAGGUCUUCCAGUACAUUCUAUGAUGGUACUCCUGCAUUCUCUCUCUGUGGACAAACCUCUCCCUUAAACUCAUUAAAAGCUGCAGAAAGGGGCCCUGGUUCCCUUAUGAAUGCCUGGUCCACACCUGAUUCCUGGGCCAAGAGCCCCAAUUUCCUUGCCUCAGUACCAUCCAGUUGCACACUUCUACCCAUAAGUUCCCAGAUCUGAAGUAACCAAGUUGUAAAAGCCUCACAUCCCCAUCACACAAUGUCUUUUUGCAGAUUACGGAGACUUUCAUACAACAGGAACACAGUGAUGAUCUCAACCUCUGGCUCCCCUGCUGGUUGUGAGGGCCCUCCUUUAUUAUCCUUAUUAACUAGGUGUUUUGUUUUCAUCUUAGACUUUUUAGUUUCCACAGGGGCAACUGCUGCUGGCUGUGACUGCCCUUGCAGUUCAGCUGGAACCUGGACAGAUGUAACGUUUGUGGGUUUCACUGCUGCACCAUCAGACUCUCCCUCCUUAGGGUAGGGGGAGGGUUUCUCACCAGCUGGGGAGAUGCACCCCUUCUGUGUCUGGUCCAUUUCACAUGUCUCCUUUACUAGAACCCUCACCCAAUCCCAGUGGUUCAUUUCUGAAGGCUAUGGGGCAGGGUUGGGCUGUGGGGCAGCAUCCCUAUUUCCUGUGGUAGGUAUCACGGUGGUUAUCCAAGCCAAUCUCCCCUUAUCUCUGAAUGUUAAAUAGAACAGGUUUAACAGGCAUAUCAGCAGCACCAGCCACUGUAUGAUAUCAUUAGCACUUAGAGAGGAUUUGAACCCUUCGAAAACUGGUGGGAUGGACCUAAAAAACUAGGUGAAGGGUUGGGAGGAAAUUUUCCUUGCUGUCACUUCCUCACAGUAAGUACCAUUAUUGAAGCAACCCCCGAAAAAUGCAGUUAGUGUGUGAUAGCUCUGAAUCCAUGAACCUGCCUUCCAGAGGUAGAUAAAAAUCCAUGAAUUCCUCACCUUAUCAACCCUCAAAAUGAACUGGAUAACAGCCACUGUAGCCUUAGUUAUAGAACCCAUAUUAAGAUAAGGGCCUGCAAAUGUAAGCAAUGUGACCAUGUGAAACCCGAAACAGGGUAAGCUAGACCACAUGGAGCCACCUAGCACAUAAAAUUAGGUUACUCAAGAACUUUUAUUCUGUUUUCACCUUUUCCUCUCAAUGCCCUCAGGACCCAUGUGUGUCCUGGUUUGAAAAGCAAGGGUCUCCUAAGGAAAAACAGGGCCUUCCCUUGAAAUGGAGUAAAUAAAUCUCUCCCUGUGAAUUAGGAUAAUUUUGAAGUUAAGAGACUCUCAGGGAAAGAUAGGGGGACAGGAUUAACAGUUCUUUACUAGUAUAUCUAACAAGACAAACAAAACAACAACUAUGGAAUUAAAACCAAACAGAACAGUUUCAGUCUUUCUCAGCUGCAGGCACCUUUCCCCUGUGGCGCAGUUACCGUCACCACUGGCAGUGAGUGCAGGCAGAUUCCCAUGGACACGGCAGGUGCAACAAUCCCACACAGCUGCAGGGUGCUGGGAUCGAUGGCAGUGGUGUCCCAGACAGGAAGGGGAUGGAAAAGAACUUUUGCUCACAAGUCCAGGGGGCAGUAUCAGUCAUGGUGCUCCAACAGGAUGCUUGGAGAUAGCGAACUGAAGAGAGAGGGCAUCCUGGCAGGGGUGUGGGGUCCAAAAACAAAAGAGGCAGCUCCCGGCAUUGGGAUCUCAGUUUUAGCAGCAGCAGCACAUUGUAGAGCCAUUUCCAAGGGGCCCUCUGAAACUAGGCCCUGAGCUGCCUGAACUCUGCUCCUCUCAAGGAAAGGGGUGAAGAUUUGCAGGCACUUUUACUCCUGUCACCAGAGAUGUUAAGCUCAAUGGUUCCACAGUGGCUGUGGCUGAGAUGGCCAACAAGGGUCACCUGCCUAACAAGACCCUGUGUGCUAAUGAGCAGCAGAUGAGGGGAGGGCAACUCUCCAGUUCAGUGUGUGUCUCAGUGUCAGUAUGUCUGUCUCUGUAAAUGUGUGUGUGUGUGUCUAUGUGCGCGUCUCUGUGUGUGUGUGCAUGUGUGUUGUCUCUGGGAUACACGCUCAGCUUCAGGGUUGAUCCAGCAAGCAGGAAAGCAGCAGGCACAUCCAGGCUGCUGGGAAGGACACCCUGGCUCUUGAGCCAUCCCAGGCCGGGCUCCAGCAGCCGGGUGGGAGCAACCCCAGGGCUGCAGCUGCUGCAGAGCCUCUGCCAGGAGGCCGGGGCCUCUGACAACACCUCAGGGAAAGUCUCUUUGCUUCCUCCACAGCCAUGGCUUCGCAGGAGGACACACAAGAGGGGGAUGCAAAGGCACAGCUCCUGUCAGAGGCAUUUCAGAAGGAAGGACUGGAUGCUGGAUACUGGCUGCCCAAAGUGUCACAGAUCUUGGGAAUCAAGUGCAAAGAAGUCCUGCAACAUCUGGAAUAUGAAGACUACCUCAAGCUGGAGUGUGAGGUACGACACCCCUGGGAGAAAAAGGCGCUCCAGAAACUCCUGAAAAUAACAGAUGACAAAACAGCCUCUAAAGAGCUGCAAAAGGAGCACAUGGAGAAGACAAAGCAAAGGCAAGAAGUGGCAAAACAAGCCCUGAAUGAUCUGGCAGAAAUGCUCAACAGCCGCAGCCACAGCCAGGAUGCACUGACGGAGAAAGCAGAGAUUCUGUGGCGAGCCAUGGAGAUUCCCAAAGAGUUCUGGCCAUCACCAAAGGAACCCUUGGCAGAUAUGCUGGAGAGCAUCCAUAAGCAGCUGGAGCAGCAGCAGGAGAUGUCUGCAGGCAGGAGGGAGAACAUCCCUGACACCGAGGUGCUGAGGCGGGCGUCGGGGGGACUGGCCCUGCAGGGCAUCUACAGAACCAGCAGAGCUGGAGAUGUGCUGGCAACGCGAGAGCAGCUCCUCAGGGUUCCUGAGGGAUUCCAGCUCGCUGGUCCAGAGCAAGGAUCAGUGCUUGAGAGGAGGGAGUUCUCAUCCUCUGUAGCAGAAUCCACUUUCACCAAGUCCAUGGAGCAGCUGGGGUUCAGCAUGAGCGUUUCUGCCAAAUUUGCAUUCUUGGGGAUUAAGCUGGGAGUGGGUGUAGAUCACAGCAGCUCCUCGCAGUCAGAGGACACCCACCAGUCCCACUCUGAGCACAGCUACUUCUGUACCACCAAGUUCCAGUACAUCCCCCUGGCCUCCUGCUACUUCCAAAGGCAUCAGCUUAGCCUCUCGGAUGCGGCUCUGAGGGAGCUGCAAAACAUGGAACAGAUUUUGGGGGUCACUCAGAAAGACGACAACCCCACCUUUGUGAAGAUGUGUGAAACCUUCUUCAGCAGGUUUGGGUCCCACAUAAACCAGGGUCCUCUCCACUUUGGGGGGAUAUUCUGGUGGAAGGUGUCCACAGAAGGAUUCCGAGCUGAGCAGCAGGAAGAGGUGAAGCGAGAAAUGUCUGAAGAACUGAACAGCUUUGUCGGAGCCAGCUGGGCUGGCUUUGGGGCCAGUGUAGAAGGGACCUUGGAUGUUUCUAAAGGCAGCUCAAAGGCUUCUGUCCUGGGAAGAGCUGGAGAGAGUUCCCAUACAGCCAUUCAGCUCUACGCGGUCAACACAGGGGGCCCAGCAGAUACAGCUUCUCUUCCUCAGUGGAAAACGGGGCUCGUGUCUGAUAACACAACGUGGUGCGUUAUCGACCGUGGCUUUCAGCUGAUCCCAGUGUGGGACGUCAUCCUGUGCAAUCACUGUGCAGAUUUCAAGUCUGCUGGUCAGAUGUGCAGAGCCCUCAGGGAUGCGUACAGAGCGCUGACAAAUGAGAGCGUUGGCACCAUUUUUGGAGAGGAACUGGACAGUGCAGUGCAAGAGGCCAGAGAUUUCAUGGAGACUGUGAAGGCCUGGGAGGUGACAGUGGAUGAAAGGAAGCUGCUCAGGCUGAUGGAGCUCAAAGAUGAUCUCAAUGCAAAAACCAGGAACCACAGCGUGUGGAUCAACGUGUGCCUGUCCCACAAAGCCCUGCAGGACUUCCUGGUGAACACCGUGCGGAGCUGCCAGGAGUCACCUCCAGAAAACACCACCUCUAUCAAAGUAAUGUUGAGAAGCCUCCUGGAUCCUCAUAUUUACUCUGUCAAGGACUUCCCUGAGGCUUCCUUCAUUAUGCAAUGGAUUUUCCAGACUGAGCACUCGAUUCCCAGAUCUCCCAAAAUCUCUGACCUUGAAGAACUCAUCAAAACACUGCAGCAAAUGAAGGAGCACAUUUAUGCUGUCACCUACGCACCAGGAAGCUCUGCUUCUGCUGUUCACGAAACAAAGAUAAAAGCCACCCUGACCAGCAGCCUUGCCAUUUAUUCCUUACUCCAGUCUCUCCAGGAACGGGCUGAGAAGGACAUGGAACUGUUGGUGCUCUUGAUUGUGACCAGCACAGGGUACCAGGUGGAAAGCAGCACUUUCCAGCACCUCCUUGGACACACAGAAAUUCAGUACAUGGCCAAGGAAAUGGAAGUGGCACAUGAGGAGUACGUGAACCUGAAGGAACAGGAUGCUGACAGAGCUGAGGCCUCCCUUCUGCUGACAGGUCUGACUGUGACACCAGAAAGUCAAAAGCUGUCCCCUGAGCAGAAGAGGGAGCGUUUAGUUUUCAUGGAAGAUCACAUGAAAGGCUUGUGGUCCACACAGAUAAAGAAUCUCCUCCAAAAGCACAGAGCAGGAACAGACUGGGAGAGGCUGGAACAGGACUUGCAUUCCUUGAUCAGUGGCUGCUUGGAUGACAAAGGGGAUGAACAGAAGAUGCAGAAAAUACUCAUAGACCUGGAAGACACUUUCACAACACCUGAGUCACCCAGUGAGUCCCAAUCCAAGUCAGACAGCAGCCAAUCCAAAGCCAAUGAAGUCAUUGCAAACCAGGAGUUCCUCCAGUUGCUCAAGCACCUUGGGCUCAAAAGACACUAUCCAAGAAAAAUGGGGAUGGGAGAUUUCCGCACCAUCAACAAGACAUCUCUACAGGACAGCCAGCCCAGCAAGGACAAGGAACUGCCAUUAUACUUCUUGCAUAAGCUGUUAACUGUGGAUUACCGAGUAAGGUACCUGACUUGCUGGGAAGAGAACAACCCAGGCAUUGCACCCAUGCCAGAAACUGAAGAGGAAAAGGACCAGCAGUCAGACUCCUUUGAAAACUUCCUUGAUAGUCUGAUCGGAGCAGCCCCUGAACAUGAAAGCAGGGACAGCCAUGUGCACCCCAUGGACCUGCAGAUGGCCAUUUUCCACUGUGCUGAUGACUUCCUGAGACAGACCCUUGCAACCAAGCUGGCGUUCUGCCAACUGGCACUGCCUCUGCUGCUGCCCAACCCGGGCACUUCACAAAUCGAGUUCCCGCUCUACGCCCUCAGCCAAAUCCAAAGGAGCUGGAAAGAGGCAGAGAAGUCAGGAAAGCAGGCCCAAACAAAGAGUUACAACAACAAACUCCUCUUCCAGGCACAGACUCCCAUCGUGUCCUUCAUCCGCAUUGGCAGCUCGGCCUCCUCUUCCAAGUCUCAGCUCCUGAACGCUCUGCUGAGCAAACGCAAACACGACACUUUCUUCCACCGCCACUGCAGAGGCAGCACCAGAGAGUGCUUGCUGAUGGAAGGGGUGGUGGAGAUCGCCUGGUACUGCCCCCGUGGAAGCCCUGAUGACACCUUUGAAAGCUGCGUGGCUUUCUGUAACCUGCAUGGAGACGCCAGGGAUCACGGAGCACAGCUGCAGUUCCUGCAGGACAUAUCUGCUGUCAACGUGGCUCUUGUGUCUGAUUCAGAACACAUGGACAACAGGGGGAAAAAACUUCUGCAGGAGCUGUGGAAGUCACAAAGGCCUUUGAUUUGUCUUCUCACAGAGAAAGAGAACAUUACAGCUGGAAAAUCCAGCAAAAACAUUAAAAUAGGAAUAAGGAACAGAAACGAAGCAGAACUGAUGGACCAGCUGACUAAAAUUAUCAGCAAUCUCCUGGAAGGGUCUAAUCCAUGUUUCAGCCUGGACUCCUGUGCAGACAAAGCUCGCCAGCGCGGAUUCGUGGUGGAUGCAGAUAAACCCGCAUGUGUGGCAGCCAAAGCAAAGGCAAAGGAGCUGGUGGACCUACUGAAGAAAGAGAAGCUGUCUGAGAUCAAAUCCCAGCUGCUGCCGCUUCAAGGAAAACUGUGGUACCAGUGGUGCAAAAAGGACAAAGAACUCACUCGCCUGCAGGAGAAGCGGAACAAGAGCAUUGAGCAUCAUCGCAGCCAAAUUGAGACAGAGAAGAAAGCAAUAAGAAGAAAGCAACUUGAGCAAGCCUUCCCUCUCAACCCACUGAUGAAAUCAUUCCUUAGCUUUUUGCAGGCCCAGGCAGGAGAUACUAAGAAAUAUUUCCUGCAGUGGAUGAAGAUCUUUAUGGAUGAGCUGUCCUCUGGUCGCCUUGAAGAACUGAGGAGAGACUAUCACAAGUUAUGGACCGAUAUCCUGUCAGGGAAGAAAAACAACAAAAAUCCCAAGGUGAAUGAUCCAUUGCAGAGUCGCCUUGAUGCCGUCUCUGACGAAAUCAAUGAUUCAUCCAUUGGCCUGGAGCACCUUCUGAGGGAAAUAGGGCAGAUUUAUGAAGCUCUGGAAUUGAUGAACUCUAAGAAAUUCAAUUUUUCCAAACUGCCGGAAAUUGCAGCAGAGCUGAUGGUUUCGGGGUAUCCUGUGGAGCUGAUGGAUGGGGACGCUUCUUACCUGCCCCUGCGCUGGGUGGGAGCAAUCUUUGACAGCUUAAUUAAGAGGCUGGGGGACAAACGACUGUUUGUGCUCUCCGUGCUCGGCAUCCAGAGCUCAGGCAAGUCCACCCUGCUGAAUGCCAUGUUUGGUUUGCAGUUCAACGUCAGCGCGGGGAGAUGCACCCGCGGAGCCUUCAUGCAGCUCAUCCCAGUGGGCCAGGAGCUGCAGCAAGACUUGGGCUUUGAUUUUGUGCUGGUGAUUGACACAGAGGGACUUCGUGCCAUUGAGAUGGCCAAUAAACAGUCCCUGAACCAUGACAACGAGCUGGCCACCUUUGUCAUUGGUGUUGGCAACUUGACUGUGAUCAAUAUCUUUGGAGAAAAUCCAUCAGAAAUGCAAGAUGUUCUCCAGAUCGCUGUGCAGGCUUUCCUGAGGAUGAAGAAAGUCAAUCUUUCCCCAAACUGCAUCUUUGUCCACCAAAAUGUGGGAGAAACUAGUGCCAAGGAACAGAACAUGGAAGGACAAAGGCGUUUCCAGGAAAAGCUGGAUGAAAUGACCAGGGUAGCUGCCCAGCAGGAAUUCUGUGAUGUCUCCUCCUUCAGUGACGUCAUUGGCUUUGAUGUGAAGACCCACAUUCACUACUUUGCUCACCUGUGGGAAGGAAACCCCCCAAUGGCACCACCCAACCCCACCUACAGCCACAACGUCCAGCAACUCAAGAGAAAAAUCCUCCAGGCUGCCAAGCAGCAGUCACAGCGCAGCAUUUUGAGGCUCUCGAGCCUGAAGGAUCGUAUUGGUGACCUCUGGAACGCUUUGGUGAAUGAAAACUUUGUUUUCAGCUUCAAGAAUUCCCUGGAGAUUGCUGCGUACAGGAAACUGGAAAGUGCCUUUAGUCAGUGGACCUGGAGCCUCAGGAGUCACUUCUUAGAUGUACAGAUGAGACUGAACAACAAAAUUCGGAAUGGGGACUUGCAGAAGGUCACCAGAGAACACCUUGAAGGGCUGGUGCAAGAGACAAGUGAUGCCAUCGAGAAAGAAGUGGAAAAGUAUUUCAGCGAAGACAAACACCAUGAGACACUGGUCCAGUGGAAAUCAAGCACAGAGCUGAAGCUGAAAGAACUAAAGGAGACUCUUCUUCAUGAAACAAAAAAGAAAUGCGAGAAUCUUAUUGAGCUACAGAAGGAGCAGAAGAAACUGGAUACAAGGAAGUUGGAAUAUGAAGAUGAGCUCCUGAGAAGGAGUAGGGAGCUGGCUGUGUCUCUGAAAGGGAAGAGCCUCAGUGAAAAAGAACUGAAGGACAACUUUACUCUUGUCUGGAACAGUUGGAUUGCUGAAGUCUCCCGUGCUGCUCGUCCACCAGAACGGGUGGAUAUUGAUGCAGAAAUUGACGAUGUCCUUCUAGAGCACUUUAAGGAGCCAGGUUUCCAUGCACGGAUCAAGUCAUUUCCCAAAAGCAGAGGAUUUUCUUUUGUCAUGGAGAAACACAUCACAAAGAAAGACUGGAGAAAGUAUGUCCCAGGUCACUGGACCAUUUCCAAUGCUGAUGUGAUCAACUUAAAGCACAUUACAGACAACAUCAUAGCACGUGUGAAGGCAAACAUUGAUAAAAAGGAACAGGAGAAACAGGAUUACAGUCGAAAUUUUAUUCAUGAAAUACUCAAUGAAGUACAGAAAGGUGUUGACUCUCUCCCCAGCGAUGCAAAAUGUACUUUUAACAGAGAGUAUAUCAUAGAUUUGUCUCUGUAUCUGUGCAAAAUGGCAGCGGAAAGGUUUAAAGCCAUGCACAAAGCAUUCCAAAAGGCAAAUGACCCAGUUGUGUACCUGAACAGCAAGAGAGAAGAUUUCUUCCAAUGUUUCCAGAUUUCCUGCCAAGGAGCCACUUCAAUCACAAGUUUUGCUGUUUUCCUUUGUGACAAGAUUGAACCAGCUCUUCGCAAGGCAGUCUUUGAGAGGAUGGCUAAACACAUUGCUGAGGACAUGAAGAACCAAUUCCCAGACUUCAGGGGCAACAGAGCCAAUUUGGAAGUUUGUAUCCUGAGAUACCUGGCAGAACAAGAAAAUUUUGACGAUUUCAAGAAAUACCUUACAUCUCCAAAGCAGUUUUUUGAGGAAUACAUUGAGAGACGAGUUAAGAGCCACUUAGAUGGGAAUGGGAGGCUGAAGGAGUUUUUAGAUUCUUCCCUUAAUGUUCUCUAUGGAAACAUCCUGCCAGCUGUUUCUUUGUCAACCAAAAUUGUCAAAGACAGAAAAGACAGAGAAGACAAAAUCUCCCUUUGGUUGGAUGAAUUUUGCAGGGAACUGGCAGAGGUGAUCAACUUGCCCAGAAGUGAGCUGAAGGGCAUCGAGCACCAGGAGGUCACAGACAUUGAGUUCCUGAGCAGUGCCAUGGCAAAAUCUCUUACUGACCUGAGGAACAGGCUCAUGAAAGAAUUGGCUGAUGCUGACCUGAGCUCAUUUUCAAGGCAGCCUCACACCAUCCUGGCAGAACAUUUUUCAGGGUGCUGGGAGAAGUGUCGCUUUUGUGGGGCUGUCUGCUCAAACACCAUGCAGAACCAUGAUGGAGACCAUCAGGUGGUCUUCCAUCGCCCACAAGCAUUGACGGGAUUCAAAUGGCAUGGGACAGACCACCUGGUUAUUGAUAUUUGUUCCAGCCUUGUUGCAAGUGACUGCACGUUCAGAUUUCAUGAUGACCAGCAAUGGACACCUUACAGAACAUACCGGGAUGCUGGACCUCCUGUUUCCACGUGGAGAAUUCUUCCUGAUUCAUCCAUGCAGGCAUACUGGAAAUGGUUUGUGUCUCAUUUCAGGACACAGCUGGAAGAUUUAUACAAUAAGAAAUUUCAGGGCAAAGGAGAAAUCCCUGAGGCGUGGCAGAGAAUUACCAAGCAGGAAGCACUGUCCGAGCUGGACAGGCUUUAGGCCACAUCCAUGGGAAGGAAGAACCACAGUGGCUUUGCAAUUUAGAACUUUGUAUCAGGCUCUCCACAAAAUGCAGUUACAAUGAUGAUGUUCUCAAGCGCAAUGAAGACAAUGGUAUUCAGCUGUUCCCAAAUUUGGUGACAUGAAGUAUAUUACUGCAGCCAUCUCUCUGCAAUUCCCUCACUUCAUGAGAAAGCCAGAAUCCUCCUGCCUUCUUGCCAUAAACAUUUCUCUCUCCUUUGUCCUGGAGCCAAACCAAAACCCCUCCUUGGGGUGAUCAGCCUCGUGGCCAGGCCUGAGCCCAAGGGCCAGGGCAAGGGCAAAGGCAGCACUCAAAGCACCCCUUGGCUCAGCUGCUGAGAGACAAGAAGGGACUGUUGGAGUGUGAACACAGAGGGCUCUCUGAAUCCCUCAGAGAGAGAACAGUAUGUAGGAAUUGAACUAAAAUUUUUAGAGAAAUUAAAGGAUAUUAUGCCACAAAGGCAUGAAGUAGAGGUGUAAGCUUUACUUUUAAGUAAGCAGAAGUAUUAUUAAGUUGCAUAGAUAUGAAGUAGGAGUAUAAAUCUUAGCUUUUAAGUAAGUAAAAAUAUGCUUUAAGUGCCUUAAAGAGCAAAAGCUUUUGAAUGUAUUGCAAAAAAGAAGCUUCAAAACCAAGUUUCAGUGAGAGCUCAAAAACAUAGUUUUAGACAUAAUAAAAACAUAGUAAGAAUAUUGUUUACAUUUUUCAGAUAGUACAGGUAAGGACAUAGGUACAAAUUAUACACACACUUUCAUAUUAUACUAAUAGGUUUAGAAAAAAUGCUUCAAGUUUUUAGCUCAUUAGGUAAUUUGGAAAUAAAAAUCUGUGCACUGGGGAGAGGCUUGCCUCUCUUGCUCUCUCUCUUCCACCAUCAUCAUCAUUACAACUACAUGAAAGAAGAAGAAGAGAACAGAAGAACAACCAGAGAGUUUUUGCCUCUCCUCAGGACUCUGUAUUAGACCGCAGCUUCUGCCUCUGCUUGAAGCUCUGUACCAGGCCACAGCUUCUACCUCUACCCAGGAUUCUGUACCAGAGAACUGCUGCUCCUGCCUCUGCAGGACUGUGCACCAUAGAGCUGCUUCUGCUUGAACUGGGACUCUGUGCUGAAAUCUUUAACACAGACUUUAUAGCUUUACACUCUUGUAUUUGAGACUGAUGUGCUUUUGUAUAAUAAACAACCUUACAGCGACCAACACCUGCUCUGCUCAGGAAAGCAGGGACACGACCGCCCCAGGGCUCAGGCAGUGCUUUCACUCCCUGUCUCAGAGCUGCUGUGUCUCUGCCCAGGGCAGCUGCUCCUGCUCAGGUGCCUGGGGCUGCUGCCCUUCCCUCCAGCCCUGAGCCCCGGCAGGAGCUGCUCCUGCCCUUGGCCUGGCUGCUGAGCAAAAGCCUUUGGAAUGGCCCAUGUGGAGAAUCCUGUGUGCCAGCACCUUCCUCAGCAGCCCUGGGGGCAGUGCUGCUGCUGUCCAGUCAGGCUGGUGACACCGGAGCCGUGCUCUGGACAAGGUGGCACCAGCUGGCUCUGCCCCAGGGAGCUGUGAGGGGCUUUUGCUGUGCAGCUGCUGCAACCCCGCUGGCAGUGCCAGGGCCAAGCCCUCCUGGAGAGCUGGCUGAAGGGCUGCUGCAGCCUCAU